CUCCUCCGCUCCCAGCAUCAGCUGCUUUUCCCUGGAAACUGGAACUUCCAACUCAGCGGCUUUCAUUCCCCUUCAGCCCUCCAGAGAGGCAGCGGGUCCUGCCCCUGCUCAGCUGCCUGCACCCCUUGGGGGGACCCCGAUGGAGUCGAUCACCCCUUGGGUGCGGGUUAAUGCUUGUGCUCGUAGUAGGUGGCAAACCCCAUCCCCACCGCGCUGCGGAAGCUGCUUCCCCUCAUCCCUGUUUUCCACUUGGAGCUGCGGGAGGGAUGAAACAAGAAAGAAGCUUUUUGUGCUGCUCAUGGGAAGUUUCCUUCCAGUCCCAGCCCCCGCAGCAGCGCAGGGCUCUGCAAUCCCGGCUGGGAGAGCUCGGGGAGGGAGCUCAGAGGGUCCAUUUCUGCCUCCACAGCCCCUCCACAGCUCCUAUUCCUAAGGGGUUUCCUCUGGGAUUCAGCCAAGACCUCGCAUCAUUCCAGGACAUCCCUUCCCGAGCAGUUUUCUGCACCCAAAGGUGCUCGGGUACCUCCUGUUGGGAGUGGGACCGCCCCCAGCCCCAGGAUGCUCCCGCUGCCUGCGAUUCCCAAGGGAAAACGCUCUUAACUUUGGGAAGCCCCUUUCCAACGAGCUCCCCAGGGCCGGCGGGUGACCUGGCAGGGCUGUGCCGUUAAUCCGGGUACUGAACCGGGAUAAAUGAGGGGGGUCACCGGCAGCCCCCGCUGAGCAUCCUCAUCAGUGCGGAUGCCACCCCCGGCCACUUAAUUACGGCGAGCUAAUUAUUAAUUAGCCGGCUGUGCCCCGCGAUGCGCUUGGGCUUCCUACGGGUUGUAGCGGCUUUGCUCCUCCCCGUCUCUGCUUCUGCCUCUGCCGACGGAGCCGCACCGGGAGCCGAGGAGGAGGAGGAGGAAUGGAGCGGGAAUUGGCCCGGAGCAAAGCGCGGCUGCCCUCGCUGCUCCUGGCGCUGCUCGGCCUCGGGCCAGAGCUCCUGUUUGGCCAAGCCCGGACCCAGCCCCGGCAGGUGAACGGUGUCCUGGGGGGGUCGGUGCUGCUCUCCCCGGCUCUGCCCCCCAACAGGACGGUGAAGGAGAUCGAGUGGAGCUUCUCGGCCGGCACCGGGGCCACCAUCCAAGUGGCAGAGCUGGGCCCCAGGGGCUUCGAGCGCCCAGACCCCAGGGACCGGUUCAAGGACCGGCUGGAGAUGUUCAACCAGACGGGGCUGAGGAUCGCGGCGCUGCAGCGCGGAGACAGCGGCGUCUAUGGGGCCCGCAUCAAGCUGCACCCGGCCAUGGUGGAGGAUCAGUUCUUCAACCUCUCCAUCUACGAGUCGGUGCCGAGCCCCCGCACCCGCAGCCAGCUCCUGGCCAGCACCUUGGAAUGGUGCAACGUGACCCUGCAGUGCCAGGGCUCCGGGAAAGGCGCCGUGAACAUCACUUGGAAGCAGGACAACGUCGAGUGGGAGCGGAGCUCGGAGCGGCACCAGCUCUCCCCGGACGGGACCACGCUGCGGCUGUGGCUGCCGCCCGCCGCCACCAACGGGACCUUGGCGUGCACCGUCAGCAACCCCGCGGACCGCAGGGUCGUGCUCUUCGACCUCGGUGCCAUUUGCCAAGCGGGAGGGGGGGAAUCGGGCUUCUCCAAGUCGGGCUACAUCGUCCUGACCCUCAUCCUGCUGGCGCUGAGCAUGGGGGGCGCCUUCUGGUGCUGGCGGGUUAACAGCGACAAGGCGGCAGAGCAGGCCGCCUCCCACACGGCGCCCGCGGAGGAGCCCCCCCCCGAGCCCCCCGGCACCGGGACCGAGCGCAGGAGCCCCCCGGAAGGUAAUGACCAGGGCCCGGGUCCCACCGGGAAUGAGGAGGAGCCGAGCACGGAGCAGAAGGCGCCGGUGACCACAGAGCAGGAGCAGCUCCAGCGGGCACCAGGGGACACGGGCGAGGAGGUGACCUAGACCCAAAGCCCCCACAGAGCCGGAGCAUCGGGAAUUCCGGAAGGGCUGUGCCGUGUGUGUGUGCCAAAUCCGACCCCUCCGUCUCGGCUCCGGGGGGCACAGACAGAGCCAUGGACAUGUGCCCCCCCCCCACCCCACUCCGGUUCUCUCCAACCUCCUUGUCUGAUGCUCUCCAAGACUGUUUGUGGAGUGGGAUCCUGGACCGAGGCAGGGAUGUGGUGAUGGUGAAGCUGGGGG